GAAAACUUAAGAAAAAUCAGGUUCUCAUCUGUGUCUGAAGAAGAAAGAUUACUUUUACGUUUUUACUUAAGUAAUUAUUUACAUUCAAGUUCGUUUUCUUUGUUUAGGCCAUGGAUUCUCCGGGAAAGACGCUUGAAGUGAAGAUUCCGGUGCAAGCUCCGAUCAAUAACAAGCCAGAGAAAACAGAGGAAGAAGAGGAAAUGGAGAAAAUGGAGGUUUAUAUGCGCUUAUAUGUCGAGGAACUUCGAGAAAAACAGGCCAUGGCUUCUCAGGGAAAGUCUCUAAUAGGGAAAACUCCGGUGAAACAUCUAAUCAAUGACUCUUUUCCCAAGGCGGUCUGUUUGGAAACUUCAUGGCUCCCCCUCCGCCCUGAAGAUCCGAUCAAUAAGGAAACAGAGGAAGAAGACUUAAGUCUCAAGAAAACUCAAGAAAAUCAGGCCAUGGAUUCUCCGGGAAAGUCUCUUAAAGGGAAGAAUCCGGUGCAAGCUCAGAUCAAUAACAAGCUCAGAUCGCCCAUUUGUAUGUUCUCAUAUGUUGAGGAACUUCGAGAAAAACAGGGCAUGGAUUUUCCGGGAAAGUUGUCUGAAGUGAUUCCGAGGCAAGCUCUGAUCAAUAACGAGCAGGAGCAAGAAGAAGCGAAAGAAGGAUGGACUUGGGUGUCCAACAAAAGAAAAUCGAAAAAGUCCGGAAAAUAAUAAAAUAUCUCAAGAAAACAAAAAUAAGUCGCAUAACGGCAUAAGAUUCUCACUACUACAUAUUUAGC